AUGGAAGAAAGAGUGCACCAAAAGGGAAUUACGGCUGCAUUCCCUCCCCCACCACCCUUUUGGACGCAUUUUACUCCAUCUAACCUCGAAAAGCUCGAAGAGACGAAGCGGGACGCGGUAUUACACAACGCGAAGGGCGACCGACAUGGCUUGAAUCCCGAAGAUCUCCGUGCUCUUGACUUACCGACAGAGCUUCGCUACCUUGUGCCCCCAAAGCCACCGAAUGAAGGGCAAUAUUCUCUUUUUAGUGAAUUGCAGUCGGUAUCGCUUUCCCUACUCCAGCCCGUUGAUUUUUACCUAACCUAUCUACAGCUAUCAACUAGCCUUCCAUCGCUCCAACAACAAGGAAUUGAACAACUUUAUCCCUCUGACCUUACGGACGAAACCACUGGGCGAUCAUCAAGACACGCAUAUUAUCUCUUAAAGAUCAGCAAAUCCCUUCUGCUCAACUUCCUCGAGCUGGUCGGCAUUUUGUCACUCUGCCCUGAUCAAUAUGAGCCUAAGCUUGAUGAUAUUAGGAAUCUGUUUAUCAAUGCACAUCAUCUGCUGAAUUCAUAUCGGCCUCAUCAAUCCAGAGAAUCGCUUAUCGCCAUGAUGGAAGAACAACUGGAGAGGGCUAAAGAGGAAAUCCAAGAAAUGGACCAGAUGAAAACUCGUGCGGAGAUGUAUUUGCGAGAUUUGGAAAUGGAAGGCCACAGUGCGUCACACGGUGUGGCUGUGACCAAGACUAUGGAGCAAGAAGCCGACAGUAUUCAACCAAAACAAUCUGAACAUCGUGAAAACACGGCCCAUGCAAUGUGGGAACUUUUGGAUGAAAUAGAAUGA